AUGAAUACAGUGAUUUUGAGUGCUGUUAGAGCUGCUGGUAUCCAGAAACCCUACUGCCUUGAAAUAAACGCACUUUCUCAACUACAAGAUACACAAGUCCAAACCGACUGGAAUUACGGGAGUCGAGUGGUUGAACUACCACCCAUUGGAUAUAACCAAAUACCUGAAACCGUACCAAAACAACAAGAAGCAAGCCCUAAGAAAUUUAUCAGUUUAUACAAGCUCGUGACAAAGAUAUUGAGUAUUGAAAAAAUGGUCUCAAAGGCGAAUACGAAAACUCAGUUUGUGACCGGGGACGUGUUCAAUGUAGAUAUAGAAUCCGUUGAGAGAGGCGAAAAACACAAAGAUCCUACAGAGUAUCAUCUAUCAUUACGCGUUGACUAUGUACUUGUUCCACCGAUCUGUGGCGAUCCUACUAUGAAUGUUAAUGCUAAAAUAUUAGAAUCGGAUUUAAGAGAAAAUACUACAGUUGACUGGAAUCCUGAUUUAACAAUUCAAUGGUUAUAUCGAGCUUGGUAUUUAAAAGAAAGAGGUUCUUGGUUGGUAAAUCAUCAUUUGAAAUGUGUAACAUUACACUUGAGCAAUUCAAAUAGUAAUAAUAACAGAGAGGAAUUAUUCAAAUACAUUUGGUCAUCAGCUUUUGCAUGUUAUUCCAGAGCUUUGCAGCUUGUUUCAUUAGCUUAUUGGGCUGAAAAAACAUGUGUAAAUGAUGUUUUACCAAUGGGAACUGACGAAAAUGGAUAUGAUUGUACAAAAAAUAAAACUAACACAAAUAAUAAUAUACACUGGAUUCAAGUGGUAUCAGGUGAAAAAUCCAUAACUUGUAAUAACGGUGAAAAAUUGAACAGUUCAGACUACAAAGAUUGGGAUCGUUUUGGGGAUAUUGAUCACAAAACUGUGUUUCCAUUACAAUGUAAACCUUUACGCUUGAUGUUUAUCCUCCUUUCAAAUGUUGCUUUAUGUCAAUUGAAAGUUGGAUCUAAUGAAUAUUGUGCUCGAAAUUGUUCACAUGCUUUAUAUCUUCUUUCAUGUCAAAUAGAUUCUUCUAUAUAUUCAUCAACUAAUGAUUAUUAUCAUCAAGAUAUCAUUAAUACAUCAUUAUUUUCACAAGAAAAACUUCAAUUCUAUUGGGAUAAUUUUGAAAUAUCUUAUCAAGAUAUACAUAAAGUACUAUUUCGUCGUGCUCAAUCUUAUUUUAAUCAAGGUAAAAUGGAUGAAGCUAAAUUUGAUUUGGAAAUCUGCGUUGAAUUAAUGAAAAGUCAGUUAUUAACAUUGCAAAAUAAAGACCAUAAGGAGAAGACUAUAGAAAAUAAUAAUAAUAAUAAUAAUAAUAAUAAUAAUAAUAAUAAUAAUAAUAAUGAACAAGAAAAGGAGGAAAAGGAUACGGAGAGCAACAACACUUGUAAACAAAUUAAAGCAGCUUUACAGGCUAGUGAAAACCUUUUAGUCAAAGUGAUUGAUCGUAUAAAACGUGAUCAAGAUGAAUUACUCUCUCGUAUUAGGAAACGAACACAUUUUGAGAUGUGA